AUGGGAGCAGUUAACUAUCUGAUGGAGAUCCACAGACGCAAGCAGUCUGAUGUGAUGAGGUAUUUACUUAGGAUUAGGGUGUGUGAGUAUAGGCAGCGAGGAGAGUGCUUCCGAGUUGAGAAGCCGACGUUUCUUGAUCGGGCAAGAAGCCUUGGAUACAAAGCAAAGCAGGGAUAUGUGUUGUAUGUGGCACGAGUGAAGAAGGGGAACUUGAAGAGAAACUAUCACAAUGGAAACACACGAGGAAAGUGUGUGAAUGCGGGGAUUGCUCAGAUCAAGCCUUCGCAGAGGAAGCAGGUGAAUGCGGAGAUGGUGGCAGGAAAGAAGUGCUCGAAUCUCGGGGUAUUGAAUUCUUACUGGAUUGGACAUGAUGCAGCGUAUAAGUACUAUGAGGUGAUAAUGGUUGACAGGCAUCACAUGGCAAUAAGGAAUGAUCCGAAGAUCAAUUGGAUUUGCAGGCCUACGAUGAAGCAUAGGGAAUGCCGAGGACUUACGUCUGCAGCUAAGAAGAGCAGAGGACUUGGGAAGGGAGUUCGAUACAACAAGUCUAAGGGAGGCUCUAUGCGGGCAUGCUGGAGAAGAAGGAACACGCUGGUUCUGCAGAAGUAUCGUUGA